ACACACGCGGAAGACAUGGAGAACGAUACAUCGUCUCUCGGUGUUCUCCCGAGAGUGCUGGGGAUUUCCUCUGUAGGAGUCGUGUGUAUCUUACUUAUGCUGAAACUCGGGAAUAGAAGGCAGUACAAACUACCACCAGGUCCAUGGGCGUGGCCCGUCGUGGGGAACCUCCCGCAACUGAAAGGAAACCCUGGAUUUUACUACAAAGUAUUAGAUUUCAGAGAGAAAUACGGGGAUAUUUUUAGGUUACAGAUGGGAGUACACAAUGUUAUAUUUGUUUUUGGACACCGUUAUGUCCAAGAACUAUUGUGUAAUAAAGGAGAGCUGAUAACAAAAAGACCAAACUGGAUGUAUAUUCCAGAUAAACUUCUUCACGGAAAAGGCAUAGUGUGGAGUUUUGGAGAAUCAUGGCGUACGAUGCAGGCCAAUUUAAAAUCUGCACAAGAAGACCCAAUCGUGGUAUCAGCGCUCCAGCGGCAUCUAGCGGCAGAAUACGAGAUGUUCCAGUCACACGCAAAAAAAUGUUCUUCCCAUACUUUGGAAGAUUUGAUCCGCCAAGUCGCUUUCAACUUUCUUUCAUCGUUCCUAAUGGGCAAAAGGUACAGCUAUGAGGACGAGGAUAUGGUUAAAAUACGAGAUAAGUUAGCAGAUUUCAGCCGAUGCAUGGCAACAGCCAACUGUGUGAAUUUUCUCCCUUUCCUGGCUACACUGGAACGUGCAAAGAUUAAAGAAGCCGAGGAUGAUCAGGAUUUUGUGUUCAGCCAAUUUCGAGAAAUCCUUCAGGAAAAGUCGAACACGUCAAGGACUGGUCUUCUUUCGGAUUUUUUCCAGAUUUACCUGUCCAAGUCAGAAAACGAGCGGUCUGCAGACGGCAUGACGGAAAUUGAUCUUUUACGGACUACUGUCGACAUGUUUGUGGCCGGUACAGAUAAUCUUAUGGUAUCUACAAAAUGGAUACUAAUGGCUUUGGUCAAGUACCCGGAUGUACAAUCGAAAUGUAGAUCGGAGAUUAUAGAGGCUGUCGGUCGAGAUCAAAGGGUCCAAUCAGAGGACAGACAAAGGACACCUUACACUUUAGCCACUAUCAAGGAAAUCCAGAGGAUGUACUCACCAGUAACCUUGACUCCAUUUCAUUGUCCUGAACAGGACAUAACGGUCGGAGGAUAUGAUAUUCCCAAAGAUUCCUUCAUCAUGAUAGACUGUAGAGCGCCAUGCAAAAAUGGACAGUUUUGGAAAAACCCAGACGUGUUCAGCCCUGACCGAUUUCUUGAUCUUAAUGGCACGCAACGGUUACCAGAGACGUGCUUUAUUCCUUACGGAACAGGUCCUCGAUAUUGCAUUGGUAAAUACAUAGCCGACAUCUUCCUUUACAUGUUCACGGCAAACAUUCUACAGAAUUUUCAGAUCACCACCAGAAAUCCAGAGGAACAGCUUUCAUUCGAAAACGUCUUUAAUCUGUUUGGGCUCCAUCCUCUGCACUUCGACAAAGUGGAGCUGAAGACAUUUGACGAAUGAUUGUUUGUUCAUGUAAAUGCUGAGACAUACAGACAACAAUAGAAUUUUUUUAAAACCGUGAACGGACUUUUAUAUAUCUCGUGGCCAGUAAAACGACGGAGUGUCAAUAUUUUUUUUUUGAACUUUCAUUGUCUAACGAUUUGAUAUAUUGUAUAUACAUUGAUUUACUAUUAUAGGAAAUGUACUCCUGUCAUUAUCUACGUCCCCCUUUUCACUUAGAAAAUAAAAACUUUGAUUUA